GUGAAGACGGCGAAACAGCGAGAGAUGUCCGGAACAAAUGUUGCCGGUCUUGAUUGCAGGGGAAUGUUAUUGUGGAGGCACCCACAUCCAUACUUGAGCCGCUUCGGACAGUUUGCCGAACAAGUUUUGAUAAGGUCACAAUGGAAAUGACCGUGCACGUUUUUAGAUCGUAGUAAGGAGUAUUUAUGGACAGGAAGAUGUCGAGAUUGGGUAACCUUUGCUCUAAUGUACUACCUAGCUAGCGUCGUAGCGUACGUGUUGAGAGAAGUUGCAUGUGAUUGCGUCUGAGUCUGUCCUGACAUGUCUUGCUAUGCUGAACGGAGCUCUACUGGGCACAGCAUCAGACACGUGAACUCUCAAUAGCCUUGUACGUCGCUUUGGACAAAAGCGUCUGCUAAAUGACUAAAUGUAAAUGUUACCCAGGAUAACGCUUAAAUGAAUACCUCUUUUUUUAUCGAUAUGUUUUGUUAAAACGACGGGAACACUGAGCUGUGCAAACUCGUUUUUUGACAGCAAGGUAAAUUGACCAGAUCGAAUUUUUGUCCUCAGACCAUAGAUAACUCUUAUGUUUGGUGUUUGCCAAGAAUCUUACUUUGUCAGUACCGUCCCCUAACAUUUUAGUCGUCUGGAGAACUAGAAUGGAGUUGAUGUGUGUGCGUCUCAAUUUUUUGCGUUCAAUUCCAACGAACAGACAAAGUUUUAGUCUGAAUGUUAGGUUGCUUAGAUGGUAUGGCGUCGGUAGAAGUCAUCAACAGGAACGCAGCAUACCUUGUUUACAGAGUGUUUACACGUCUCGAAGCAUCCGGGGGUUUGAGAGGAUAAACGAAACAGGUCAACCUUCAAGAGCGCUGUUCUUGAUUCGUCCCAACACGUGUCAGAAUAUAAGGACAAACCUCAAAACCUUGGGCAGCCAUCAGUUCAAAAGGAAAGACAACAUCCUCUCAGCUGUCACUUUACAUAAACAGCAUUUCCAUACCUCUGGGCGUCUGCAAGCUUUACCUGCUCCCCUGCUGUGGCUUCUCUUGAAGCCAAUUCAAAAGCUCCUGGCUAUUGUACUAGGCAGGAGCAUCAGGAAAUGGUGGAUAGCACUUCCUCCCAACAAGCAGCUGCUUCUGCGCGAGGCUGCGUGGCGACGAAGGUGGCACCUGGCAGGCGGAGCGGCGGGGCUGCUGGUUGUCAUGGCGGUCUUCCUGCUUACCCACCUGGAUGAAUCGCCGGUGACUGGCCGCACCAGAUUGCUUGUGUUCAGCAGGGAGAACUUCUUGGAGCUGGCCGACAUAACCGCAAAGGGGUACAUGGAGGAGUUUAAAGACUCCUUUAUCUCCCCAAAAGACCCCCGGCAGCAGGUGGUGGAACAGGUGGUGCAGCACCUGGCCCAGAGGAACCAGGACAUCGCUGAGAUCUCCACCGUGCCCUGGAGCGUCCAUGUGGUGGACAGUCCCGUCAUCAACGCCUUUGUGCUACCGAAUGGGAAGGUGUUCAUCUUCACGGGAAUGCUGGAGGCUGUGGCGGACGUUCAUCAGCUGACCUUUAUUCUGGGACAUGAGAUGGCCCACGCCCUCAUCGGACACUCAGCUGAGCAGGCUAGCAUGUCCCAUGUGGUGGACUUCCUGUCGCUGAUCCUCCUGACGGCCAUCUGGGCCGUGUGUCCGCGGGACAGCCUGGCGGCGCUGGGCCACUGGAUCCAGGGCAAACUGGUGCAGUUCAUGUUUGAUCGGCCCUACAGCAGGAAGCUGGAGGCGGAGGCGGACCAGGUCGGACUGCAGCUGGCUGCCAAGGCGUGUGCGGACGUGAGGGCCGGGCCCGUGUUCUGGCAGCAGAUGGAGAUCUCGGAUCAGCUGCGGGGCGAACCCACCGUGCCCGAGUGGCUCUCCACCCACCCGUCCCACCGGAACCGGGUCAACCAGCUGGACCGCCUCAUCCCUCAGGCUCUGGAGCUGAGGUCCAGUUGCGACUGCCCGGCGCUGCCCGCCACUGACCCACGGGCCGUCUUCUCCAAGAGCGUGCGUCUGCUGCUGGACAGUGUGAAGGAGCGAGAGCGUGCCCAGAAGGACAAGGAUGGGAAAGCGUCUGGAGGUGAUGGCAGUGGCCGCGGUAGUGGUGUCUUCCUGCCUCUUCCCCAGGGCCCCUCCUCCCCGGCCCCUGCGCCUCCUGUGCAGCUGGGUGGAGUGCUGGCCCCUGCGCCUCAGGCCCUCGCCAGCAAGUGAGGCUCAGGAGAGGCGGGGCGCUUUGCCUCAACCAUAUGAUCUACAGUAACACCCACCAGUGGCCCUCAGUACCAGAGUAUCUAUCUUAACCAUCCUUCUUCCCCCACUGUCACUCCAGGGACCUGUCAAAUACGCCUUUCGUCUGAUGAGAGAUUAUGUUUAGGUGCAUUUAGAGUGUAUCAUUGUAUCCUCAAGUUAGCCUAGUGCUAAAGUAGAGCUCUGGUUUCUGCAUGUAUUCUGCAAGAAGACUCUUAAACUGGGUCUGGCCUUCAGCCUCAUACGCAUAAGCAGGCGUGGCCGCUGGGACUGGAGUCUCUGAGACAGUAAUAUCCUGACAUAAUGUGUGAUGGGGCAGUCUUUCAUUUCAGUGCUAGUGUGCCGGUACUGAUGUAGCCAGCUGUUAUUGUGCGUGUGUGUUUGUGUGUAUGUGUGUGUGCUUUUGUGUCAGAUGGAUGAGGCAUAAGUGUAAGCCUAUUUCAUUAGAGUGUAAAAUGAUUCAGGAUGCGCUUGUAACGUCGGCUGCAUUUCGCAGCGCAAUAUUAUCACGUUAAUAAUGAAACCGCUCUAAAUGUGGAUGCGAUUAGCUGUAAUCGUCUGAUUAGCAUAAUGGCCCCCAUACAGGGAGUAGCAUUAUGAUGUGCAUUAUUCAUCAAAGGGCCCUGGCGCUCGCUUUAAUGUGUGCUAUAGGCUCCGGUGCGGUGACGCAAGCAAGCGCCGCUCUCUCCGAACCCGGCUCGGCUCGCUUCAGCCUCCAGGAAGCGAUGAACUCGAGCGCUACAGUGUGCCGUUUUGAGGCUUUUUUUUUUGCAGACGCUGCGGUAGUCCGAAGCUGAGUGGAGACGAGUGUGAGGAGAAGAGUAUUUAGGUCAGGGUCUGCUCACUCCUUCACACACUGGGUUUGUGAAUGUAAACUUUUACACUUUUGAUUUUGAAAGGGACGCACUCCUUCCCACACUAUGGGUUUGGGAAUGUAAACUUUUACACUUUUGAUUUGGAAAGGGACGCACAAUGAUUUUUACUACUGAUUUGAAUUCUUUUAAGGGGACUUUAACUGAAAGAGCUUCAUCAUAUUUUCAUUAAUGGUUAAAGUUUGUUUUACUAUGAAUAAGAAGCUGUAUAGUAAACUGUAAAGUAUUUUCUAUGAACCAAAGAGCAAUAUGUUGCUGUCUUUCAAAAGUGUAAUGUCAUUGUACUGAUGUAACAUCAGGGAGAUAAAUAAAUAUUUUACCUUAAGAAA